AUGCCGGUUGUGUCGGACGAUUUGACUGGAUCCCUCAAUUUGAUUACUCAUGGAGACGACUUGGUCAGAUAUGACAGACUUGUUGUUCGCUAUCGCGAACUCAUUCGCGGACUCUGCGCCGUGAUUGAGAUGGAGUGUUUGUCGGAUUACGACUAUAUCAUUGAAAUUUAUGACAGCGCAGUCAACUUGGGACAACGCGUCAUCAACACCGAGUUUCCUUUGGCCACCACCAGCGAGGAUUUUGCGGCAAUAAUCAUUAAAAUGGCGGAAGCAGUGAACCGACUCGAGGCAGUGGAGAGGGUUCUACAAAUGUGUUUCUCUAACAACUUCAUACAACUCCGCUGA